CUCUCAGCUCCUCAGGUCAAUCAUGGAACUAUGACUUUACACACACCCGAACUGAAGUUCAUCUUAGAAUUAUAAAGAAAGAGAUAAAGAAAGUUAUGUUUGAGGUGAGAAAAGAAGAAAAACAUUUCACUUGGUAUCAGGUUUGACCUGUUAGGUGGACUUCAAAGCAAAAUACCUUUCAGAGCUCAGGAACUGACAAAGCAGGCUAAGAACAGAUUCCUGAAGACAUCAUGGCAGCAUGUGUCCUACUAAUGCUAUUGGCAGUACUGAGGUUAACUUCAGCUGAAGAUUUUCAUGGGGAUAACAUUAGUUUUAUUAAGCCACACAAGGACCCUGAUGGAAAUAUUCAGGUGGCCUUCCAUCACCAACAGAAUGGCAGGAAUAACUGUGUUCAUUCAUCACCUUUUACAUGUGAGGAGUGUAAAAGCUUCGUCCACAGUAUUGUCAUGCAAACAGACCAGGACAACACGGGCCAGGGCAGAUGGUGUCAAUCUGGCAGAUUUACCCAGGCAAACGUCUUACUGAAUGUUUCCCAUAUUUCUCUGAGUAACAAAGGUUGCUGUUGGGCAACUAACAAUGACAUGAAAACUAAUUGGACAGCCUAUGCCCAUAUGGACCUCAGAACACGAUCGGACACUGAAACCCUUAACAACUGUCCCGUAACGACUACCGUGUCCUCCUUAAGGGUGCACCAGAACUGUUUUUCAAAUAUGCAUCUUUUAGCAUAUGAUCCAGAUGGAGAUCACGUGAAGUGUCACUGGCCUGCAGAUGCUGCGGUUCAUAAAAAUAUCACUCUCAAUGAGAAUACUUGCACACUUGAAAAGACAGGGCAUGUCAGCGAAGGUGUCUAUGUAUUUGAAAUCAUGCUUCAGGAUUUUCCCACAAAAAGAAUCAGUUUGUCCAAUGGAAAUGGAACCUCGAAAUACUGGGAAACCUCAGAUGAAAACGCAUCACCUCUUUGCAAGCUAAAACUGCAGUUUUUACUGAAAAUCCUCCCUUCACUGCCGAUUUGUGAACUUGGUCAUGUGCAACCCAACUUUUUGGACCCAACACCCAAACAUGGUGAUGUGCUUCAUGCUACAGUUGGUGACGAAUUGGUUCUUCACACCAAAGCACAGGCUCAUCGUGCUACCAUUAAUGGCUUUCAGGUCAGCGGCCCGCACAAUAUGAAUAAAGAGUUCGCUGAUGGUGAACAUGGAAAAGCUGACCUUACCUUAACCUGGACACCACAACAUAGUGAUGUGUACAGAGUUGUACCAGUCUGUUUCACUGCAGAGACAAAUGAAUCCCAAUCAGAGAUGAGGUGUGUUGUUGUCAUGGUGAGCAAACCAGCAUCCUUUCAUGAUGGAGUGAAUGAGGGAAUGUUUGAAUCAUCAUUCACGCUCACAGGUCCAACAGUUGUGACCUGCGCAGGCAACCGGAUGAUGGUUGCUAUUAAGAGAUCAACAUUGCCUGAUGUGGAUGUGAACUCUCUCUCACUGAAUGACCCUUCAUGUUUGGUCACUUAUAACGCCACUCACAUCAUUGGCUCCAUGUUGUUCAGCAACUGUGGCACAACUAUUGAGGAUGAAGAAAAGUAUAUUUUUUUCAGGAAUCAGAUCCAAACCUUACGCGAUCCAUUGAAAGUUGUAUUCCGAAGAAAGACGGUGAAGAUUGGGUUCUCUUGCCAGUUCCCCAAAACAGCCACAAUCUCCUCAAGUUAUGACAUUCAGAAGUCUGAUUACAUUUUCAGCCACUCCAGACUCGACACUUUUAGCUAUUUAUUUGACGUUUAUACGGAUGGCAGCUUCACAAAUAAGGUGCAGCCAAGUGCUUUUCCAGUGCAGGUCGACUUUCUUCAAAACAUUUAUUUGAGCCUGAAGGCAGAGUCAGGACUGGCAAAUGUACGUUUGUUUUUGGACUCAUGUAAAGCCACCCCUGAUGACAACCCUGACAAUGAUGACUUCUAUGACCUUGUCAAGGAGGGGUGUGUCAAGGAUCCGUCUUUAAGAGUCGAAACGGUUGAUAGAUUGUCAUUCCACUUGGAGUUUCAAGCUUUCAGAUUUGAUGGAGACAAUGAUCAGGUCUACAUCACCUGCACAAUCCUCAUGUGCGACGUGAACGAUCUCCUGUCCAGAUGUGCCAUGGGUUGUCUGAACGAGGAGUUCCGCAGGCGCAGACGAGCAGUGGGCAUGCAGACCUCCAUGCAAUCCAUGACUCAGGGUCCUUUUCAGUUUGUCAGUGAGGCUCUUCCUAGUGGAGCUGUACAUCACAACAAUGCUGAGAUGAUGAGAGAGGAUGCUGAGAUGAUGCAAGCUGAUGUGAGAGAGAACGCCGACAUGGACGAUGUUUAUGUGAUGAAAAAGAGUGACGCUCCAAAGCCAGUUUCUGGAGAAACCAAAUUGAGCAGAGUACGAAUGGAAAUGAAGAAGAUGCUCAGCACCAACAUCAGCACUAUGGUCUUUGGUGGUGCGUGCUCAUUGUCUGUGGUAGUGUCGGCUGUGGCUAUCGCCUACCACGCACGAAAGAGCAAAGGAAAGGACCAGAAGCCUCUUCUGGCUUCUUAAUGUGACAGACUGACUGACUUACCUGUUCAUGGUUGGAUGGAUUGGUUUGGACCUUUGCCUCUUCGUUGUGAAUGUUGUCAUGGCAAUAAGUUAUUUACUAGAUAGGGGCAUAUAUGCUAAGGGAGAAGUGUGUAAUGAGUUUGGUCAUCAAGGUAUGAUAAAAACAACGGUUAUCAUACAUAUAUUAUCCAGUAAUGAAUCUCAAGACAAUGACGUUGUAUUAUAAGCAUAUACUGCGAUUGGCUGGCAAACAGCUCAGGGUGCCCGAAGACAGUCCUAAAAUAAGCUCCAGUACGCCUGCGCAAUCCUCAAGAGUCAAGAGGCUUAAGCGACUUGGAUAAUGGAUGGAUCAGAAUCUAACCACAUCUCCCAAAGUCCGAAUGAUAUGAAUACACAUCAAUGCUGGAAAACCUAGAAAACAAAUUUGUUCCACCAUUGACAUGGGCAAAUUGAACUUUGGGAUACUUGUAGUCUGUCUCUUUUGUUGAAUCUUAAAAUAUCCAUGCAUUAUCUGAUCUGCUUAUAAUUAUACUUCAAAAAUGUAUUAAUUAAUAUGAACACAUCCACUAAAGCCUUUCUUUUCAAAUGAAUGUUAGAGGGCUUAUAGUAUUUGAUUAUUUUACCCUUAUAUUUGAACGCAUCGGGCAUAAUUCCACUGAUGCGGCCAUUUUGUGCUACAACACAACUGCUUUGUACUUUAAAAAAAAAAAAAAAAAAAAAUCGCCACUGAUGAAAAUGUAGAUGGAGAGUAAAGUGAAAAUGACACAAUGUAUGAAUUCUGGAUGCCAAAAAGAGGACUUUAUGGAUUUAAAAAAA